GUCACAGCACAAGGGUUAGGAGACACACUGACACCAGGAGGACAAGGAGAGAGAGACACUGACACCAGGAGGUCAAGAACAGAGAGGCACUGACACUAGGAGGACAAGGAGAGACACUGACACCAGAAGGACAAGGAGAGAGAGACAUUGACACCAGGAGGACAAGGAGAGAGACACAAACACCAGGAGGACAAAGAGAGAGACACACUGACAACAGAAGGACAAGGAGAAAGACACACUCACACCAGGAGGACAAAGGGAGAGACAUUGACACCAGAAGGACAAAGAGAGAGAGAGACAUUGACACCAGGAGGACAAGGAGAGAGACACUAACACCAGGAGGACAAAGAGAGACACUGACACUAGAAGGGCUAAGAGAGAAAGACACUGACACCAAGCGGACAAAGAGAGAGAGACACUGACAGCGGGAGGCCAAGGAGAGAGAGACACCGACACCGGGAGGACAAGGAGAGACACACACUGACAACAGGAGGACAAAGAGAGAGAGACAUUGACACCAGGAGGACAAAGAGAAAGAGACACUGACACCGGGAGGACAAGGAGAGACACUGACUCAAUUUUAUUUUAUGUCUUUCAAAAUCAUUGUAGCUUUCAGUGACUAAAGCUGAAUUUGUCUCAUAAGCAGUGUUCCUUCUCUGCGAUAGUGGUAGUUUCUUUUGGUACCGGUACAAGGAGAGAGAUGCUGACACCAGGAGGUAAGGAAGGACAGGCAGGCAGGACAGAUGCCCAGUGACCCCUGACCUGUGAUGCCACUCUGUGUGAAGGCAGGAAGCAAAACCCUCUGGGUAAAGGGACUACAAGCACCAGAGGAGCUGCGGAUCAGCAGCAGCAAGGCCACCGAUACAACACCCCAGCUCCUCACACAUCUGCACAUCCAGGGGCGCGGGCAGCUGGAGCCCCUUCUGACCAGCAGGGCACAACGCACAGUCCACUGCAGCCAAGCAACAGCAACACAACAUGCAAAACAAUAUGCACGGAAACAAUUCGUGUGAAUGGCUUCUGAUUUGGCUGGCUAGAAACUAGUGUACCUGCAGUAAGUGUAGAGAUUCAGAGAGAAUGCUCCUCUCUCCGUCAGUGCCUUGUUAUAAUGAUGCUGAUAACGACGCAGGGGCCAUAGCGACCCUAACCGAUCUCCUUGCCAACGGGAAGCCGUUAACUUGCCGUAUGUACAUACAGAACAGGAUUCCUGAUCAAUAAUGGAAACUCUACUGGUGCCUGAGAGCAACAGAGGGGGCUACACAGUCAAUCCGCUGGGGUCCACCUGUCAGAGCGCAGGACCUGUGUGAGAGACGGGGGGAGGCAGUGCGUCUGUGCCAUUCCGCUGCCAUGGUUACUGGCCAGGGAGGACUCUACCUGCUUCUACUCACAGUCUCGGCCGGCGCACAGAGUAUCCUGUGGGUAUCCCAGCCCCCCGGCCCGGUCAUGGCCGCCGGCGGCUCGUCUGUCUCCCUCAACUGCAGCUUCGGGGCUGAGUCUGCGGCGGUGCAGCUCCGGGUGGAGUGGAGGAAGAGGGAUCGUCCCGGGUCAGGCGGGUCAGGCUGUCAGAACGGCACCAAGCUCAUAUCCGCACUGGCCUCGUCCAACCAGACAUCAGCUCGGGAUGGUGCGGGUCGCCUGGUCCAACGGGUGGAGGCAAACUGGUCUUCGCUGACCCUGACAGGGGUCACGGCCAGCGACAGUGGGCACUACGUGUGCGUCGUGGUGAUGGAGAUCCCCAGUCUUGCCUGGCACUGCAGCAACGGCACCCAGGUGGACCUCGAGAUGAGUGAUGGUCAGAGCAACUCCUCAGAUACUGCCAUCUCAGUCAUCAAUGAAGACAAGAACCACGGAGUUACAAGCCCAGCAGGCUGGAGGCUGUGGUUGCUGAUGUCAGUGGGGACAAUAGCUGCAGUCCUGGCAGUGAUAGCAGUGUGUUACUGCCUUCUGCGCUGGAAACAGAAACACAGGAACACAGGUACAAGAGACAACCCCAUUUAUGAGAACAUGACCCGGUCAAGACCUGUGCCACCACCCAGUACCCUGGAGCAGAAGCCCCCGGAGCUCCAGUGCACCCCAAAACCACAGCAGAGGAGACUCCCUCCAUCUUCUGCCGCCUGCCGCCCCACACCCCAGUCCCGCAGUCGGUCUGCAGUCGGAGUCUAACUGGGAGAUUUCCGCCGUUCAUGCAAGACCGCCGCCUCCGGAAGCGCUGUACCCAACGGCUCCACUAGAGGGCGCGCCUGUGGCGGGGAGGCGAAGAGCCUGAGAAAGUCCCGCAGACGAGGAAGAGCGGCGGUGAACCAGACUGCAGUCUGAUAUACGUGAUAUGUUCAUUUCAUUAAACAACGACAGAGACCGUCAAUAAGUUCAGAUGCAGAAAUAAUAAAGUGAAACUCACUUUUUAAAGCCA